AUGGAAAUCGCAAAGGAGCAGGAAGAGACCGAGAUACUUCCUGAGACUGCUCAAACUUACGUUCAACCUAAGUCCAUCAAGUUUGAACCGCUAUGGGUGCAAGUGCUCAUCAAUCUCAGAAUGAAACACUCAAAAAUGUUCACCCGUCGAAGAAACUCCGCUUCAGAAGGCUGGAAACUUGUGUUCGAGGAGUUGAAAGAGAACGGAGCUCCCGAGUAUGUCACUAUUACCAAGAUAAAGAAGAAGUGGAUGAACUUGAUGACUCGAUACAGACAGAUCAAAAACACCACGUUGAACACUGAGGCAGUAACAUGGCCGUAUUUCGAACAAAUUGACCGGGCGUUUGGAAAAGACUGUGAGAACGAAGACGAAAAAGGUGAGUCUCUUCUUAACCAGUCCAUUAGUAACGACGAAAGGCAAAGCUUCAUAAAGAAACUGAUUGAACUGCGAUACAACCAUAGGCACUUAUUCACUGGCAGAAAAUACACUGCUAGAGAUGGAUGGCUGAUCAUUCAGUCACUCUUGCAAUGUCAAGGUAAAUACUCAAUCGAGCAAUUAAGCAAGUGCUGGCAGAAUUUAGUACAGAGAUACAAACAGCUAUCCAAGAGCGAGAAUACUGAGAAUAUAACUUGGCCUUACUACGAGCAUAUGACCAAGAUGUACGUGGAGAAGUGCAAGUAUGAAAACAUUAGCGUAACAACUGAAGCCAAUAGCUCCCAAGCAGAAGAUAUUUCUACAGUGGAGGGAGAGGAUAAAGAAGUUCUAGGAGAUGUAAAGCAUCAGAUAAUCAAUCUGAAAAAUGUUAGCGUCAGUAGCGUGUCUGUGGACUGCAUUUUGGUGCAGCUGCUCACAGAAAUCAGGGCUGCAGAGGAGAAUAAUCACAAAGAGGUUAUGCAGGCGCUGAAGGCAAUUCAUGACAGUUUAAAUAUAAACAGUAGUGUUAAAGUUAAUAAUGUAAAUAAUGAGAUUGUUACUAAUGUUGGUGCUGAAAUUAUUGAUGAAUGUAUGGAUCAAUAA